AUGCGAUUCCAACGAUCUAUCCGCCACCUCCUCGUCCUCACAUUUGCUGCAAUCAUCGUCGCCGAUGCACUCCCAGUCGAUUCAACUAUUGAGGAGAGGCAAAUCCCAUCUCCUUCAAUCGACAACCCUCUCCCAUCCAUCUCCCUUCCCACCCCCACUGGAGUUAUCCCCACUGGAAUUACCCCUACCGGAAUAGCCCCCACCGGAAUUAUCCCCACCGCGGGGCUGCCUAUAACUACAAUCCCUACGCUCCCAGGAGCCCCAGAACCCCCUAAAGUUGGACCUCCGCUUGCGUUGUAG